AAUAUAUAAUAUAUAAAAUUAAUAAAUUUAAAUAAACUAAAAGUACGCAAAAUGUACAUAAUACUCGCCCACAUACUAAUUCAACUGAUCAUAAGCAACAAAUUUCUCUUGGUGCACACUACCGAAACAAAAUUAAUCAAUACUAGUGUUGAACUGUUGAAUAAUUGCUAUAGCAAUGAGGAGAAUGCCUGUGAUCCUUAUUGUGCUGUUUCCGACGGAUUCUAUAAUAUUGACAUCUGCUUUCAUUCAGAUAAUCAGAAACUGAUGGUAAGGUGUCCCAAAGGAACAAAAAUUAAUAUAAAUUUUCUACUAGAGCGCAAAUUUCAGUCAGUUUUACAUAAAACUCGUUAUUUAGAAGUGACAAAUUGCAACAAUUUUACGCACGAAAUCUAUAGGAAUGGCGAUGUGCGGGAAAUUCUAAUAAAUAUGAUGGAGCUAAAUAAGGUAACACUUGUCUAUAACACUGACUUUGGUAGAAAACCAACGGAAGAUUUUUCUCAAUUUCGAAAUGUACUUCACCUACAAUUAAUUAUAAAAUCAACAGCAGAUAUUAUAAGCAUACCAACUGACAUAUUUUCUGAGCAGUACCAACUGGAAACGCUUACGCUUAGCGUGCAAGGUCUAAGAAACCAGAACUUAACGCUGCUCAACUUGACACAAACUCACUUUGAAAACCUCACUGAGCUCAGACAGCUUGACUUAGCUGGUAAUAAUAUUCGAAUCUUGGACGCAAAUAUCUUUGCAGCGCUAACGAAAUUAAAUUUUCUGAAUUUGAGCCGUAAUGAAAUCCGGGAAUUGCCCGAAAAUCUACUUGCAUUUCAACGUCAACUUUUAAUACUGGAUCUAAGUCACAAUUCAUUGACAUAUCUAUCGCCACAAUUUUUCGAUCAAGCUCCUUUACUAUGGCAGUUGAAACUUGGUGGUAAUCGAUUAUACAGCACCACAAAUCUUAUGGAAAUUCUGAAACCGCUGCAUUAUCUACAUAAGCUAGACUUAAGUCAGAACAAAUUGCAAACUAUUUGGAGCACUGAGACUUCUGUCAGCACAACGCCAAGUCCACUGAAAAUAUUUCGAUACAGCAAUAAGGGCAUAAAUGUGGCUUUAGCAGUCGGUCUUAAUUAUAUCACAAAGUUGCAACCAGAAAAAUACGAAGGUGGUACGCUUAACUCAAUAGAAAUCAAUUUAAGUGGCAAUCGUUUGCGUGAAUUCUCUUUAGAUUGGCUUAUAGCAGCGGAAAUUGCAUGCCCUUUUGAAAUAAACUUAGAGAACAAUUUGAUUAAAAACAUGUUUGCUUUACAAAAGUUCUUCAGUAGAACUUACGAUUGUGCGCGUGAAAUCAAAAUGACUGGUAAUCCGGUCGAGUGCGAUUGUAAAUUUGCCGGGAUUUACAAUGCAAACUAUCACUGGUUCUUCAAUGGUUUACAUUGCGUUCAGUCGUCGACUAAACUAAUAAAAGAUCUCGCGCAGCUGGAACUUAAUGAACUGUGCGCUUGGAAACCGGUAAUGUGUCCCAGCAAAUGCAAUUGUUACACACAAUCGGAAUUCCUGCAAAUCAGUUGCAAAUGUUGGCAACAUAUCGAACAGCUCCCGCGUCCCGAGCAAGUUGGGCUCAAGAGUUCGGUACUAGAUAUUAGCAAUAAUAAUUUCGUUGUAUUGCCGCUAAACACCACCUUCGGCUAUAGUAACGUUUCCCAACUCAACGCGUCGUACAAUAAAAUCACGAACAUUAGUCUCGCUCAACUGCCAAGCAAUUUGACGGUUUUGGAUCUACGAAAUAAUCGCUUAAAAUCUUUAAAUGAUGAAUUUUUGCGUACAUAUCUCAAUGACAGCACAAAACUACAAUUUCUCUAUCUCAGUGAAAAUCCUUGGUAUUGCGACUGUAGCGCGCAGCAAUUGCUGUACACCAUACGUACAAAUCGGGCACGCAUACCCGAUAUCGACCAGUUACUUUGUGAUAACCUGCAAAACGUUACACUCCUUACAGCAAAUGUGAGACAAUUGUGUUUAACUGUUAAUGUUGAAUAUUAUCAGUGUUUGAUUGCAACUGUUCUAAGUGUAGCGUUAUCCAUUAUUAUUUUACUUUGCAUUAUCGCACUCUUCUAUAAAUAUAAAUUGGAAGUGAAAGUAUGGCUUUAUGGCAACAACAUAUUGAGAUCUUGCAUUCACGAAUGUGAGCUGGAUGAUCAUAAAAUAUUCGAUGCUUUUAUCUCAUAUGCACACCAGGAUGCAGACUUCGUCAACCAUACAUUACUGCCGCAACUCGAACAGUGCGAACCACCAUUUCGUGUAUGCACACACGAACGCAAUUGGUUGGCUGGAGCGUAUAUACCUGAACAAAUAAUCGAAUCAGUGGAACAGUCACGUCGGACGAUCAUUGUGCUCUCGCAGCACUUCAUCGAGUCGGAUUGGGCGCGUAUGGAGUUUCGCACAGCGCAUCAGUGCUCGUUGAACGAGGGUCGUGCGCGCAUAAUAAUGAUUAAAUAUGGGGAAAUCUCGAAUAGUGAAUUUUUGGAUAAAGAACUUAAGGCAUAUUUGGAUAUGAAUACAUAUCUUGAUUGGCAAGAUGUCAGAUUUUGGGAUAAAUUACGCUUCGCCAUGCCACAUAAAGUGGGUAGAGAGAGGAAUUCAGAUACUCGUAUGCUAGAAAUUAACGGCAGGAUGUAUGUUAACAGACAAGUUGAGAUGAAUCGUUUGCGUGACGAGAGUGUUUAAAAUUGGAGG